CCCUGAGGUGGUUCCCGCACCCUCCGUUUCUGCUGCCGCUGCCGCUACAAAUGCUGCAUCUUUGGAAGCAACGCUGAGUCGUCGACAUGUCGCAUCCAUGUCUUCGGACAGCCCAACCCUGUUCUGCCCUGCCCACUCCAGGCCUAAGGUGGCUGUAUCUGGCUGGCUUCUCUGCCUGAAGUGACCUCCCCGUCCCUGCCGUCUCUUUCCUUCCAUGCCUGAAUGCCUUUGCCCUCCCGUCUUGCUGGACCCUUGCCCAUCCACUUUCUUCUAGCUAGCCCUGCCUCCCCUGUCUUCGCUCAUCAUCUCUUCCCCUCCUUCAUUUCUUCCCGGGGCUUAUUGUCCUUCAUCUUUCUACUUUUAACAACUCAUAGACAUUUCAUCGACUUCAUCGAAAGUUUUUUCAACCGUACGUCAGUCUCGCCAGUUGAACUAUCAUCUCUGGCGGCAUACUUGAGUCAAACCCUAUCACUGUGUCACUUCACUCAUACGACUUACAUCACCCCGCUUCAAAUCGAAAACUACCCACCGAGCCUGCUUGGCUCUUACGCCCACUCUCGUCAGCUGACAUGAGUUACUACGAAGAGCCUCAGCGCACUCGCCGCUACGUGCGCGAGGAGCGUCGUGAGGAGAGGAUUGAUCCCCGUUAUGCCGACGAAGGCUAUCUUAAAGUUCACCAAACCCGCGAGAUCAUUCCUCGUGCCCGAGAGAACAGCGAGCUCUCUAUUGAAGAAGUCCGCCGAGACUUCCCCCCUCCUGGCUAUAGAGACUCGCGAAGAACUCGCUCAGCAGAACCCGGCUACUACGACGACCCCCGCUAUGACGACCGGGACCGAUACUAUGACCGCGAGUAUGAUCGUCGCAGCCGCAAAGCCGGCAGCCUCGUCUACGCCGAAGAGGAGAGGUCUCGCAAGCGCGUCAUUAACCAACAAGAGAAAAUUUUGGCCGCUGUUGCCGGUGCGGCUUUAGCCUUUGGCGGCAAGGAGCUUUACGAUAGAAAAGAAGCCAAAGAACACCGCGGCGAAAUCGAGAGAAACUACCUGACUUCGGCGGCAUUGGGAGCAGCCGGAGCUCUUGCCGGCUACCAGGGCGCAGAGUACUACGGCAAGCGCAAGGAAAAGGAGGAGGACAAGUCCACCUAUGUUAUGCAUCGCGGCCGUGACGGUCGAAUCACCGAAUACUACUCCGACGAGGAGGGAGACAGGGAGAAAAAGGGUCACAAGUCGUUCCUGGAGAACGCUCUCGCAGCCUCUGGCCUGGGAGUUGCUGUCAAAGCCCUCACAGGCGCCAGUGGUGGUGAUGACCGGCGCAGCGACACUAGAAGCCGACGAGGUAGCCCCGACUCGAGGUCUUCUCGGUCCAAGUCUCGAGGACCCGGAAAUGAAGCCGCCAGCAAGAUGCAGAAGGCUGCCAUGGCUUCUCUCAUUGCCGGAGCUACUGAGGCUUUCCGUGUUGCGAAGGAGCCCGGCGGCUGGAAGGGCGAGAAGACAAAGCGCAUCAUCACUGCCGCUGCUGGUGCAGCUACCAUCGACGCUGCACAAGGCGGCGAGAAACAGAGCAAGUUGGGCCUGGCCGAAUCCGUCAUCGGUGGCCUGGUCGGUAACCGGGUCAUCAACGGAUCCAAGCGCAACAUCGAGGAGGAUCGCCGAACCGGACGAAGCCGAUCGAGGUCGCGCGCUCGCUCUGACGGCGGAGGCGGCGGACCGGGCUUGGCUGCUCUGGCAACUGCCGGUCUAGGUGCCUUUGGCGCAAAGAAGGCUAUCGAGAAUGUGCGGUCCCGGAGCCGUGGCCGCAGCGCCGACUCUUAUGACAGCCGUGCCUCUAGCCGCGAUGGUCGCGACAAACCCCGCCAGCGCAGCAGAAGCCGCAGUGUUGUCGACUCUGCACGGAAGCGACUCGCCAAGAUUGGCAUUGGCAGCAACCCGGAGGAAAAGGAGAGAGAGAAGUACGGCCGAGAUGAUUACUACGAUGACGACCGUAGCUCUCGACGCGGCGGCAUGACCCGGAGAUACUCUGAUGAAUACGACGACUACGACAGGGGAUCCGCACGUGGUGGACGUGACGCAUACGACGACGACAGAUCGUCAUACACGAGCCGGCGCCGCGACCGUUCUCGCCGCAGGGGAGGAAAGUCGGACACCAGUUCCGAAUCGGAUCUUGGAGACUCGGACGAUGACGCGAAGCGCGCAAGGAAAAUGAGAGACCGGGACCAACGCCGCCGUUACUAAUCGGCCUGCGCCGCCAUCAAGAGGAACCAGAUGCAUCGUCACUGGUUGAGCCGUUGUCUUCGGCCCCUGCGGAUGACAGUAGUACCAAAUGGAGGGCAUCGCAGCAUGCACCUCAGACAAAAUGGGCAAACGAUGGAGCCGAGAUCGAGGCUGAUCGGCAGGGUCUGAUUGGAACCAACUGUUUUUGUUCGAUUUAAGCAAUGAAGGGGGAGAGAGACAGAGAGAGGUCUGGCCACCACAUGGCCCCGGGCUCGUAGUGGUUGAAGCAGCCAAGCGGAACCCGAUGAGAAGGGACCCCUGUUCCUGAGACAGACCGGACAUUUUUCGCUAGCGCGGGAACGGACAAGCGGCGGUGAGAGAAGGCGGCUACCAGUUGGAAGAUUGGGGAAUAGACGGGAAGGGAGGGGUGGCAUAUGCGGGAUGAUGAUAUGCGACGGAAAAGACGGCUACGUGGGUUUUAGUCCUCGGGCCAGAGCACAAGAUCAUCAUCGUCGAGAUACCGCGAUGCACUCGCUGCCCCUCCCCAUCCCCUAACGAGCACUCAUCACACGAUAUUUUCUGGUCUCUUGGCUUCACAGUUUCCUACUUAGAUGGGAAGAUGGGCAUUUUGUUUUUAUGAUACUUGGCUGGACAUGUAGUUCCCGAUUUUAUGAGUAUGAGAUAUGAUGACCGUUGCGGCCUAACCUCUUCUCCCGA